UCUUUUAAUCUGACCCCGUCACACCAAUCUGCGUAAACAACAGCUUUUCUGAGAAUGUCAUAAAGAAAAGGAGUAGUGGGCACAGAUCACUUUUAUGCUGAGAAGCGGUCUUCAUACAAGGCCGUCAGUAAAUAAUAUGGGGUGCUCCAAGAAGAAAGCUACAUUUAUUGUGCUGUUUUUAGCGCUUGCUACUCAUGAAAAGUACGUUAGUGCAUGCGGAGGCUGUGGAGGUGGACGCAGAUCUUCUCCACGAAAUGGUAAAUGGACGGACUGGGGAUCCUAUGGUAACUGCGUUGAUGCAAAGAAGACCAGAUAUCGUGCAUGCGACCCUCCCCCAGCUCAUGGUGGAAACGAAUGCAGUGGCGACAGAAAAGAAAGCAUUUAUUGCAAUCCGUGUAACUCUGCAGGAUGUCAGCAUAUAUGCAUCUCCAGUGGUGGUGUAGUCACCUGUAGGUGCUCCACAGGCUAUGUAGCAUCUUCGAGUAACUUCAGGAAAUGUGUUCGGAACAGCUGUCCUUCCUUGAAGGCUCCUGUAAAUGGUGAGAUCUGGCCUACCCGAUGUUUAAUAUCACCUAGGCAUGGUGACAGCUGUUUUUAUAGAUGUAAACGAGGCUUCACAGGAGUUGGAACGAGCUCAAAAAGUUGUAGUAGAGGACAAUGGUCUUCAGGUUCUUUCAAUUGUCAAGUACGCGAAUGCCCACCUGUGCAGAAGCCUGACAGGGGAGACAUUUCACCUCCCGAGUGCAAGGCAAAACCCUUACAUGGCCAGAAGUGUUUAUACGAAUGUGCCCAAGGCUUCACCACAAUAGGAUCAAGCGAGGUAACAUGCAACGACGGAAGUUGGACUGGAUUGGGAGUAUACUGCAGAGAUAUCCAGGCCCCAUCAUUUAAUGAGACCUGUCCAUCUGCUCAAACUGUUUUAGCAGAUGAGGGGAAAACGUCUGCCACAGUAAGCUGGGGACCAGUCAUAGCCACUGAUAACGAUCAAGCCUUGGUCUCUGUGUCUCCGAAUGUUACAUCUCCAUAUGAGUUUGCAGAGGGAGGCCAUACACUGAUCUACACAGCAACGGACCGAUCGGGAAAUACGAGAUUCUGCCACUUUAGAGUUACUGUGCUUGUUCUACGAUGUUCUGUUUUAUUCCCACCUGCAAAUGGAGGGCUUGAAAAUGCAGCAUGCGGAAAUGCUUACGGAAGAGUUUGUCGUUUUGUUUGUCACAAGGGGUAUGAACUGAAGGGGUCAAGUGAGAGGAAAUGUGACAAGAAAACAGGUGUUAAUGCAGUUGACUGGACGGGAAACACAACCGUUUGUGAAGCCAUUCGCUGUCCUAAAAUAAAUACCCCCGUCAAUUCAAUACAGUCAGGGUAUGGUUGCACAGGUCCAAGCUCCACCUAUGGCACUUCAUGUUUCUUCUUUUGCAAAAUGGGAUACGAGGCGAUAGGAGGGUCACAGAGAAGAACUUGUCGGGAAACGAAACAGUGGAGUGGAACGCAAAGAAACUGUCAAGCCAUCACAUGCCCACCAUUAACUUUUAAAUCAGAAGGACUGCAUACCAGCCCAGCUCUCUGUACAAAUACGAGUGCCACCAGGCACUAUCUAUCUGAGUGUCGGUUCACUUGUAGCAGCGGAUACCAAUUGCAGGGGCCAGGAAUAAAAAGUUGCAGCCAGUUCAAGAGUUGGACUCCGUCAGAAAAUCCGUCAUGCAAGGAUAUCAGAGAGCCUUUCUUCUCUAAUUGUCCAUCUAAUAUCAUGACGGCCGCUGCCAGAGGCAGUACGUCGACCCAAGUCUCCUGGUCUCCACCAACAGCAACAGACAACUCAGGUGUCAUGCCAAACAUCACUUAUUUUGGAAAACAACCUGGGGAGUACUUUUCCUCUGGGGAACACAUAAUCCGGUACUUGGCCUCCGACAGAUCAGGGAACGUAGCUGAAUGCAGAUUUAAGGUCUUUGUCACAGUCAUCCGAUGUUUGCCCAAAUUAUAUGCUCCCGCUGGAGGUACCUUGAAGUGCACCAAAGACAAUCAGUAUGGAUCCGAAUGUUCCUUAACAUGUCCUAGGGGUCGUACGAUGAAAGGCUCUAACCGCCGCGUUUGUGAGAAACAGCCAGCUACCUCUGUUGGCAUCUGGACAGGAAAUGAGACAAAGUGUGAAUUGGUUCGGUGUCCUCGCCUUAUCCCACCCCCUCGCAGUAUACAGUCUGGAUGCGGAAGUGGUUCCAAUCAAAACAUGUUUGGAGACAAAUGCCUUUUCUAUUGUGACGUUGGAUAUCAGAUAAUAAAUGGAUCAACUGAGAGGGUCUGUCAGGCCAAUGGCACCUGGUCUGGCGAAGCCCUUCGCUGUCAAGUUGUACACUGUCAAUCCUUGCACCCUCCAAAAGAUGGUGACGUCAUACCAAGCUCUUGCAAAGCUUUCCCUAAAUAUGAUACCGUUUGUCAAUUUACUUGCCGAGAAGGUUACAGAUUAAAUGGAGCGCUCGCAGUGUCUUGCCUUAAUCACGGAGAAUGGUCAAAGAACAUUACUAUAGUCUGCAAAGAUGUGGAAAGCCCAUCCUUUGGUUUAACUUGCCCUAAUGACAUCAAACAGUACGCUGAUCGGGCAACAAAUUAUUCAACAGUAACUUGGCCUCCUGUAAUUCCAACUGACAAUUCAGGGAAGAAACUAAAUCUGACCUCCUCUGGAGUGGAAAAAAUAUAUUACGAGGGAAAACAUCAAGUUAUUUACAAUGCCACGGAUGAAGCAGGAAAUUACAAGAUCUGCAAAUUUUACAUCACUGUUGAAGUUAUAAGAUGCCAAACAUUGCUACCUCCAUUAAAUGGCUUUCUCGUCGGAGACUGCAGCAGCACUUACGGGUCUACCUGCAAAUAUAAUUGCAACAACGGAUACAACUUGCUUGGAUCAGAGAAUGUGACAUGCUUGCACAGACCUGGACACAUCAUAGGGUACUGGGACAAACCAGUGCCAGUCUGCAAAGUGCGGACAUGUUCUUCUCUGAGCGCACCGCAACAUGGAUUUUUAUAUCCCCAUAUGUGUACCUCGUCACCUGUCAGCGGAACAACAUGUUUUUUCGAAUGCAAGUAUGGUUACCAAAGUAAUGGAGGGAUUCGUCGGUUACAAUGUGGAAUAGAUGGGAAAUGGAAUGAAACUGAGUCUUUAAUCUUAAAAUGUCUUGAUGUGACCUCGCCCAUAUUCCUCAGCUGUCCUUCAGACAUCCGCGUGAGUCCAAGUGUUAACUCUACUGUAAUGGUCAAUUGGACCGAGCCGGUUGCAUGGGACAACAGCAACUUGAUGCCAACCGUGACAGUUGAUCCACCGGAAAUUCGUCCACCUCAUGCAUUCAACAAAACUACGCUUAUUAUCUACACUGCAAUGGAUAGUAGUGGGAACAAACAGCAUUGCUCCUUUAAAGUUAUAUUAGAAGAUGUAUUAAGUCCCGUUGUCGUCUUCUGUCCAUCAAAUCAAAGCAUUACCGCCACAGCAAUGAAAACAGUGGUGACGUGGAAGGAACCAAAGUUUACAGACAACAGCAAUGAUCCUUUGACUAUCAAAUGCAGUCAUCUAAGCGGGACUGAGUUUUACUGGGGAACUUGGAAUGUGCAUUGCACAGCACAUGACAACAACCCAAGCAACAGCCCGGCUAUCUGUCAGUUCACACUUAAAUUAGAACCUAAACGCUGAAAUGAUCUGAAGCCUCCAAAGAACGGAGCAAAAGCGUGCGAUGAUUGGAUGUUUGGAAGAAUGUGUACGCCUUUCUGUAAUAACCGAUGGGACUUUUCCCAAAAUCUUCAGUCUAGUAUCUGGGCGUGUGGAGCGUCUGGAGCAUGGUUCCCUAGAAAUCGCUGGCCAGAUUGUUCAGUAAAGUAUCGUCCAGGAACUGCUCGUAUGGAAAUGCAUUUGCAUUAUUACAGUGGUGAUUGUGGUGCACCAGAAGUCCAAGCUCAGAUAAAGCAGAACUUCAUUCAGAUAUUAAACGCGUCUGUUUUCAAAGACGUCUGCCGAGACCCUGCGCUUAAAGACAGGUGUAAGGCUGAAAAUGUUAAAGUCACUUGUGCAGCAGUUGAUUUUAUCAACUAUAGGAAGAAACGUGAAGCAGGUUGCGAUGAUCAUCAUAGCAGAAAACGACGGUCAGUUCCGCGAACAACAAUCAGUGUCGAUAUUGUGGUAUAUCUUGAUGGCAUUCAUGCAAAUGACACCAGUGAAGGUCAAAUUAGGGUGGGCGAAGAAGGGAUACAGAUCGCAAAGAACAUCAGUAGUCAGCUUAGAAGUGCAGUUAAUAAUGGAAGCUUACGUUUGACUGUCAAUGGAACUGUUUUCAUACCCGUUAAGAAGUCACUUAACAUCUCAGAUCCUAAGCGUUUUUGUAGAAGAGGACAAGUCUAUCGGAACGGAUAUUGCUUAAACUGCACAGCUGGAACCUUUUUGAAUAAGACAUCUGAAACAUGCCAAGACUGCCCUAUUGGCACAUAUCAAGAAUUUGAUGGGCAAGAACAGUGUUUGGCAUGUCCACCGAAAACUUCCACGACAGAAUCCAGAACAGGAAACCGAACCAGCUGUUUAGCAUUCUGCAAAGCUGGUUCGUAUUCCCCAACUGGAUUAGAGCCUUGUUUGUUCUGUAAAAAGGGGCUUUAUCAAGAAAUGGAGGGACAGCACCUCUGCUUGAAGUGCGGUUCUGACAAAACAACUCCUGCGGAGGGAUCCAACAACUCAACGCAGUGUGAAGUUCCUUGUCCUCCUGGAUCAUUUUCUUCCACGGGAUUGGCUCCUUGCACUUUAUGCGAUCGACGAUCGUUCCAGCCACAAAGUGAGAGUCGUACAUGUGUUUCAUGCCCUGGAACAACUGUUACCAAAAGGCCUGCUUCACAAAAUUCCCAGGAUUGUAUAGAAAUCGACGAGUGUGAUUCUAGCCCCUGCAAGAAUAAUUCUACUUGUACAGACCUCAUUGGUGACUUCUUCUGCUCGUGUCAACCGGGUUAUACUGGGAAACAAUGUGAGAUCAAUAUUAAUGAAUGUCAAGACCAACCUUGUGCUAAUAAUGGCACAUGUCAUGACCUCGUUAACAACUUUACCUGCUCGUGCACCCAAGGUUUUCAAGGAUUUAACUGCGAGGAAGAUGUCGAUGAGUGCAUGUCAUCACCGUGUCUCCAAAAUUCGACCUGUGAAAAUGUCUUUGGGGGAUUCCUAUGCCUAUGCGAGCCUGGAUUCAGUGGUAGAUUUUGUGACAUUGGCAUCAAUGAAUGUCUGAUAUUUCCGUGUCAGAAUGGAGCAACGUGUAAGGAUAAAAUAAACAAUUACGAGUGUUUUUGUGCUUCCGGUUACCAAGGGAAAGACUGUGUAGAAAGUGUCGAUGACUGUGCGAGCGAACCAUGUCAGAACGGAGGCAUAUGCCACGAUGGAAUUGCUGGCUAUCAUUGCGUUUGCCCUUUAGGCUUUAAUGGGACAGAUUGUGAGUACAACAUUGAUGAAUGUGCUUUUGUAGACUGUCAGAACAAUGCGACUUGUAUCGAUGAGGUCAAUGGGUUCUAUUGCCUUUGCAAAAAAGGAUUUUCUGGGAAGACCUGUGGAGUCGACAUUGAUGAAUGUUUCUCUAAUCCCUGCAAGAACCAAGCAAAAUGUGUGGACAUGGUUAAUGGCUACCGUUGUGACUGUCCGGAUGAUUUCGAUGGCUUGCUUUGCGAGAAUAAUAUCGACGAUUGCGCUUCAAGUCCUUGCUCCAACAAUGGGUCUUGCCACGAUGGCAUAAAUAAUUUUACUUGUGUAUGUCCGCCUGGUUUCACUGGAAAAAUUUGCAACAUAGAUAUCGACUACUGUGCCUCGAUUCCCUGUAACAACAACGGCUCGUGUUUCGAUGGUAUUACUUCCUUUACUUGUGAAUGUGCGGAUGGUUUUGAUGGAGAAUUGUGUCAAACUGAUGUGGACAAUUGCAAAAAUGUUACCUGCUGGAACAAUAGCACGUGUAUCGAUGGCAUAGCUGAAUUCAUGUGUUCUUGCGCCGAGGGAUAUGCUGGUACUCGCUGUGAAGUGAACAUCGAUGACUGUGAGCAGAAUCCUUGCUUGAACGAUGGAAUGUGCACCGAUCUCACAAAUGACUACCAGUGCACCUGUAAGAGGGGGUUUACGGGAAAGAACUGUACCAUUGAUAUUGACGAAUGCACCAUCUCUACUUGUCUCAAUAAUGCUACUUGUACUGACAAAGUAAACAACUACUCGUGUAAUUGCGCUGGUGGAUUUACUGGACGGCACUGUGAAAUUGAUUUAGAUGACUGCUUUGAUAAUCCGUGUAGAAAUGGAUCCACAUGCAAGGAUGGAAUCAACGAUUAUAGUUGCCAAUGCGUGCCUGGAUUCACUGGUGUGUCCUGUGAUGUGGAAGUUGAUGAGUGUACGUCUUACCCAUGUCACUAUGGUGGAAAAUGUCACGACAAGGUGAAUGGUUUCACUUGCAACUGCCCCAUUGGUUUCACCGGUCUUCAGUGCGAAGUUAAUAUCAACGAAUGUGAAUCAAAUCCCUGUGCAAAUAAUGGUAUAUGCUUAGAUCUUGUAGCAAACUACUCUUGCUUGUGUCUAGAUGGGUUUAGUGGCUCACAUUGCGAGAAGCGUAUAGACUACUGUACAGGAUCUAAUUGCACCGAAAAUGGGUACUGUGUCAGCUCUCUCUCAGAAUAUUACUGCAACUGUAGCGCGGGGUACUAUGGAAAAUACUGCGAGUUAGAAUUUGACGAAUGUCUGACGAGACCGUGUUUUAACAAUGCAACCUGCCAUGAUGCCGUGAACAAUUUCACUUGCUCUUGCUCCAGUGGUUACACGGGAAGAUAUUGUGAUAUAAAUAUUGACGACUGUGUGAAUCAUACCUGUCUGAACAAUGCUACCUGCGUUGACCAAACUCUGGGCUAUUCCUGUAGCUGCUCAGAUGGUUACAAUGGAACGUACUGCCAGACAGAGAUCGAUGACUGUGAAUCUAACCCGUGUUACAACAAUGGCACUUGCAUCGAUCUCACGCCAGGGUACAACUGUAGGUGCACCGAUCGUUUUUAUGGAGAGAACUGCGAAAAGGUCAUUGAUGUCUGUCAAUCAGCCCCCUGUCAAAACAGAGGCACCUGCAAGGCUAACAAUUUGUCAGGAAACUACACUUGUUCUUGUUUAAGUGGUUUCACAGGAACUUCGUGCGAAGUAGACAUCGAUGACUGUAUUCCAGAUCCCUGCUCAGCCAACGCUUACUGUGUUGAUCUUUUGAAUGAUUUUAGAUGCGAAUGUUAUCCUUCCUACUCAGGAGAUCAGUGUGAGAUCUUUCUUGGCAGCAACUUCGACUUGAUAUUUAAACGCCAGACCUCUAAGGAUAUGGUUUUCCUGCCGGACGGAGAAGACAUUCCAAGUAUGACAAGUUUCACAAUCGCACAGUACGUCAGAGCCGACUCGAAGUACACGAUAGGCACACUGUUCAGCUAUAGUGUUCCUGAGAACCCCGAAGACAUCAUUAUACUUUCUUUUACAUACUUUGAAAUAGUGUUGAAUGUUAAGAAGAAAAAAGUUAAGGCAAACUUUAGAUUAGCAGACGACCACUGGCAUUUUGUUGGAGUGAUAUGGGACGGAAUUCUAGGAAGUGCCUCCCUUUAUAUUGAUGGUAUAAAAAUAAAAAAGGCAGACAGCAUCAAAGGCGAGAGUAUCAGAGGAGGUGGAUGGAUUGUUCUUGGUCAACGGUAUCUAGCAGAAGAAAAGAGUGCAACUCUCUCGUCAGCUUUUGUAGGAAGACUACAUCAAGUCAGCAUUUGGAAUGUAGCAGGAACAGAUGACCAUAUGUGGAACGCCGCCCACGACUGCAGCUGGCCCAUUUCAGGAAGUUUGAGGGCUUGGAGUAGCUUUCUUCCAGGCAUCAAAGGACAAGUAGAAAAGAGAUUUAUGACGCAGUGUAAAGCUUUGGAAAAGUGCACAACAAACUGCUCACACUUCUUACAUUGCGAGUCUCGCGAAGGAUUUUACUACUGCAGCUGUACAGCUGGAUUUACCGGAGUUCAUUGCAGUAUCAACAUCGACGACUGCAGCCCAAAUUCCUGUAUAAAUGGAAAGUGCAUCGAUGGAGUAAACCGUUUCGAGUGCGUCUGUAGCAAGGGCUAUUAUGGAAAUAACUGCGAGAAGAAGAUCGAAACUGAAGAGGAAUGUCCAGAAUUGAAGCAGCCAACGAAUGGUAAACACUCUUGUCGCAAGGUUUCUGGAAAAAUGCUCUGCAUACUCUCGUGCCAUGAAGGGUUCUCUUUCAGUGCAGAGGCAAUUACACAAUAUACUUGCGGACCUGAAACUGAGUGGAAGUGGAAAGGCAUAGAGGGAGUACAAGUGCCAACCUGCUUACGAAAAGCAUCUCCAAUGGAGAUAGAGCACCAAUUUUCGUUAUCAUUUCCUGGAAUACAAUGCAAUAGCAGUCAGAAUAAAAGAGAACUGCGUACUGCAGUCGAGAGUGAAAUUAAAGAAACUCUUUCAGCAGUCCCAGGGUGCCAUUCGUGUCAAGUACAGGAGGUCAAAGUUCCCAUAUGUGAGAUUUCUGCGAAUCCCAGAAGGAGAAGAGCACCAGAACAGCCGAUGGAGGUUCUCGUCUCAUUAACUGUCUUUAGAGGCGCCGAUACAUACGAAACUAAAGUAGAAGAAAGAAGUGAAGCAGUCCUGUUUCAAAUGCGGUAUGCAGUGGCCACGGGGCAGUUUAUUAUCAGCUUACAGGGACUCAACAUGAGUGCCGAUAGGUCAUCUUUUCAAGUAAUUCGUUCUAAUGUUACUUGUGGUGCAGGUUUCGUUAUGGGAAGUGGUGGAAAAGAAUGUGUGGCCUGUCCUGUGGGUUCCUUCCAAGAUCAAGGUAGAUGUAAAGCAUGUGAUAAAAAUAGCUACCAGGACAAGGAAGGACAGUCUGAAUGUACAGUAUGCGGAGAGGGAGAAUCAACGUCAACCAUUGGGGCUACUUCGAGCAAAGAUUGUUCUAAUGAUGAAGAGAGUGUCAAUAUCCAUGUCCUAGCAUCAGUGACCGCUUGUGCAGCUAUUGGAAUACUUAUUGGCGCCAUUAUUGCAUAUAAAAGAUUACGAAAACCUGGUCCAGCAAAUAAACCAAACCGUUUUAAGAUGAACAAGGUCGGUGACAGUAGCACGAACAUUCGUUUAAAGCAAAGAAAAUACGCUCGUGAAGACGUGAAUAAUACCGAAGAGAGGCAUCAGAUUUACAACAGAGCAACAGAGGAAUCCCCCAACACGACUGCAGAUCCAGAUAUAACUUACCUUACUGGUCACCAGCUCCAGCCACAGCAUACAGCCAGUGAGCUCUACAGUCCUCAAUGCAAUAAGCUUCAUUCGACCCCUGACUGCUAGAAUACAGUUAUAUACACAGUCCCUUUUAUAUACACCAUAGAGAACAAGUAACAUGCUAUUCAAGGCGCUUGUAGAGGGCUACAUCUCUCCCUUUUUUCUACUAGUAGCACUCUGUAAGGUAGAGGAGAGCAAAGUUGGUUAGUUUGUAAAGAUUACUCGCUGAUGUACAAAGGAGUAGAGAAUGUACAAAGGAGGAGAGAAUGGUAAAAUAAAGGAAAUUCCUGCUCACUUCCGGA